GCUGGUAGGCCGAUUGAUAUUUUUAUUUUCCACGUCCAUUUAAUUUUGUGUAAAAAAUAAUUUAAUUACAUUAAAUUACAUAACAGAUCCGUGUUUAAAGACAUGUCUCGGGAAGCUCAAGAUGAUAUUGAUUUUCAAAAAUAUGCUGUUGACUAUAACCCCAUCAAAAUUGGUUCUAUAGAUGGCACUGAUACGGAGCCUCACGACCGAGCCAUCGUACGGGCGCUGAACUCGGAGUACACGCCUAAUAAACUGGUACAAGGUGACCAACACUACACGAUUUUCAUCGGCAGACUCAAUCCUAGAACUACACAGGAUACAAUAUUGGCAGAAUUUUCAAAAUUUGGUAAAGUCUUGUCGUGUCGCCUAGUAAAAGACAUAGUUACCGGGAAAUCGAAACAAUACGCGUUUGUAGAAUACGAGUCGUCCAGCAGCAUGGAGAAAGCUUUACGGGAAAUGCACAAGGAGUAUAUUGACGGAGCCGAGGUGCUGGUGGAGCGCGAGGCGGAGCGGCGGCUGCGGGGCUGGCGCCCGCGCCGGCUGGGCGGCGGCUUCGGCGGCCGCAAGCAGGCCGGCCAGCUGCGCUUCGGCUGCAGGGACCGACCCUUCAGGAGACCCUUUCUUAUAUCCUAAUAAACACUAUUACCAUAAAUCCGUAUUUUCAGUCUUUACAAUUACAGUACAUAAAAUCGAGUAGGUCAUGAUACAUCAGUCAUUGUAAAUAAUGUUAUGGCUCAAAAACGAUGUGCAAUGUGUUUUGCAAAGAGUUCAGAGGAUGGUGCAAAUCGUUCACGAGAACCGAAGCCCUCUUGUCGAUUUUAGAGGCAAUCUUGCUGUCGGUAUUCGUGGCGUUCCUGACAUUUUUGAUCAUGCAUUAUCUGGCGUGUUCCGAACCGGAGAUCCGUCAAGUGUCCAUUCCACCAACUGAGUUCCCAUCGUUCUCGUCGUCCGUUUCAAAAUCAACGAGAACGACCCUAUCCGCCGACGUGCAGUGCACGUGGAAGCCGUCGCAGAAGACGGCGGCGACGACGCACUACUACGAGGACGGGGCACCGGCGGCCGGGGCGGGGAGCACGCCCGGCAGCGCGUCCGCAGACGAGCCCAACCCGCUGCGCCUGGAGGUUCCGGCCGCGACCGAGGAUUCCGACGGGGAGGAGGUCGACGAGGGAGCGGCGAGCUUCGUGCUGGCGCUGGUGAAGAUUCGGCCGGCGCACGAGCCUCAGUUCGGCUGCGCGCUGACGGCGGUGUCGCGGCGCUGGGCGCUGACGGCGGCCAGCUGCGUGGAGGCGGUGGAGGAGGCGGACUCGCUGGACGCGUUCGCGAUGUGCGAGGGCGCGGGCCCGUGGCGCGGCGCGGCGCACGCGGUGGCGGCCGUGCGCGUGCACCCCGGCUACGCCCGCGCCGGCCGCGCGCGCGACCUGGCGGCGCUGCGCAGCGACACGCCCCUGGGGCUCGGGCCGCUGGGCGCGCCGCGGCUGCCCACCGUGCUGGACCACUCGCUCGUCACGAUAGGAGAACGGUUCUCUCUGCUUGGAUAUGGCAAAUUCAGGACGCCCGAGGAAACUACGGCGGAGCGUCACGUGCGCGCGGCGGCGGUGUACUCGCUGCCGGCGGAGGCGUGCGAGGGCGAGGGCCCGCGCCACCUGGCCCGGCCCGGCGCCGCGCUGCCCGCCGCCGGCGCCAUCGGACCGAUCUGCGCAGGCCCGCUGUACGCGCGCGGCGGCGCGUGCAACUACUGCGCGGGCGCGCCGCUGGUGCGCGCGCGGCUGGUGCUGGGCGUGCGGGCCGGCGCGCGCUGCGGCGACUGCGAGCCCGCGCCGCACGCGCCGCUCGCGCCCGCGCGGGCCUGGCUCGACGCGCUGCUCGCGGGGGACGACCAAACUUAAUCUAAUUUAAUGCAAUAAACGGAAA